AUGCAGCUGGAGCGGGACAUGUCCAGGUCCAGGUCCGCGCCGCUGGUGCCUCUCGGGACCCGCGCUCUGCUGUUCGCGCUCCUCACGCUGCUCGCGGUUCUGCUGAUCGUGGAUGAUGUCGCACAAGUGGAACGAGAAUCCCAAGGUGGGCGUGUCCACAAGAGCCCCAGGCCAAUCAGGCUGGAGCCCACCCCUGGAGCCUCCACCGCAGUGCGUGUGGAGCCCACCCCUGGAGCCACAGCUGCAGAUGGAGCCAGACCCUCGGGGAAUUGGACCUUCAACCAUACCCUGGCAAACACCAUCAGAAAGGACAUCCUGCGCUUCUUGGACCCAGUCAGGGACAUGUCCAUCCUGAGGGGCGCGGUCCGUCCUGGAGACACGGUCCACUACGUGUUGGACCGUCACGCCAGCACCCACAUCUCCCACACUCUGUACCGGCUGCUGCCCUCGGCCCCGCCCCUCCGCCGCCAGCACCACCGCAGCUGCGCCAUCGUGGGCAACUCCGGCAUCCUGCUCAACAGCCACUGUGGGCCCCGCAUCGACCAGCACCCCUUUGUCAUCCGAUGUAACCUGGCCCCUGUGGAGGACUUCGUGGAGGACGUAGGCUCCAGGACGGACCUGGUGACCAUGAACCCCUCGGUGGUGCAGCGGGCGUUUGGGGACCUGCUGACGGAGGAGUGGAGGCAGCGCUUCGCCCGCAGGCUGCAGGCUCUGGGGGGCAGCGUGCUCUGGGUGCCCGCCUUCAUGGCCAAAGGAGGCGAGGAGCGUGUGGAGUGGACCCUCAACAUGAUCCACGAGCAGGGGCUGGACGUGCGGACCGCCGUGCCCUCUCUGAGGCUGCUGCACGCGGUCCGAGGGUACUGGCUGACGCAGCACGUGCCCAUCAAGCGCCCGAGUACCGGCCUCCUCAUGUACACGCUGGCCACGCGCUUCUGCUCCCAGCUGCACCUCUACGGCUUCUGGCCCUUCCCCCUGGACCCCGCUGGACAGCCCGUCAAGUACCACUACUACGACCAGCUCACCUACCAGUACAGCUCCAGCACCGGCCCCCACGCCAUGCCCCUGGAGUACCGCACCCUCAGGGCACUGCACAGACAGGGGGCGCUGCAGCUACACACAGGGCCCUGCAUGUAG